AUGUCCAACAGCAGCUCCAUCACCCAGUUUCUCCUCCUGGCAUUUACAGACACGCGGGAGCUGCAGCUCUUGCACUUCUGGCUCUUCCUGGGCAUCUACCUGGCUGCCCUCCUGGGCAACGGCCUCAUCAUCACCGCCAUAGCCUGUGACCACCACCUCCCCACCCCCAUGUACUUCUUCCUCUUCAACCUCUCCCUCCUCGACCUGGGCUCCAUCUCCACCACUCUCCCCAAAGCCAUGGCCAAUUCCCUCUGGGACACCAGGGCCAUCCUUUACGCGGGAUGUGUUGCCCAGGUCUUCUUUAUAUUCUUCUUGUUUGGUGCAGAAUAUUCCUUUCUCACCAUCAUGGCCUAUGACCGCUACGUUGCCAUCUGCAAGCCCCUGCACUAUGGGACCCUCCUGGGCAGCAGAGCUUGUGCCCACAUGGCAGCAGCUGCCUGGGGCAGUGCUUUCCUCUAUGCUCUCCUGCACACGGCCAAUACAUUUUCACUACCCCUCUGCCAAGGCAAUGCUGUGGACCAGUUCUUCUGUGAAAUCCCCCAGAUCCUCAAGCUCUCCUGCUCAGACUCCUACCUCAGGGAAGUUGAGCUUCUUGUGGUCAGUGGUUUUGGUUUUUUGGGAUGUUUUUUUUUCAUCAUGGUGUCCUAUGUGCAGAUCUUCAGGGCCGUGUUGAGCAUCCCCCUUGAGCAGGGACGGCACAGAGCCUUUUCCAUGUGCCUCCCUCACCUGGUUGUGGUCUCCCUGUUUGUCAGCACUGGCAUGUUUGCCUAUCUGAAGCCCCCCUACAUCUCCUACCCGUUGCUGGAUCUGGUGGUGGCUGUUUUGUAUUCAGUGCUGCCUCCAGCAGUGAACCCCCUCAUCUACAGCAUGAGGAACCAGGAGCUCAAGGAUGCACUGAAGAAGUUGAUGCAAUCAGCUGUCUCUUGGCAGCCUUAA